AUGGCUCUGGCUUUGGGUUUUGCUCAUUCACCGAGUCCUUUGCUUUCUCUUCAUCAGAAGCCAAAACCCACGUUGAGAUUGGCUGCAUUUCGAUGCUCAGCGAAGCCUAGCAAUGAAAUAAUCCUCAGGACUUGCAAGAAUUGCAAAACCCAAUUCGACCCUUCCAUCAAUAACCCCCGGGCUUGUCGCUUUCACACUGCUCAUUUCGGAGGAGAAACAAAGAGGAAGUUUGAGAGUGUGCACACUGGGGGCACCAUGAACACUCCUGACUCCGGAAAAGUUGUUCAAUACUGGCAUUGUUGUGGAUCUGAAGAUCCCUUUGACCCUGGAUGCACAGCUGCUCCUCACUCAUCCUAUGAUGACUGA